AUGGACACCGCCACUAGAGAAGAAGUCUCGCAGUACGCGAUGCUCGCCAGCAUUGAAGGCAAGGCGUUUGAGGACGUCAAGUUUUAUUCAUUCUCCCGCCUCUCCCGCUCCGGACGAGUCGAUACUCCCCGCGCCCUCUUCGGUAACAGCGCCCUCAUCCGCAAGGCAUCGUCGCACUUUGACUUUGUCCUGAUCGGGAAAGGCUUCUCGGAAAGCGGCAUCACGAACAUGGAUGCCCCUUACCCCUCCAGUAGACCGCCAUUCACCGAGGACUAUGACUACGUUUCUGACAGCGAUUUGGAGGAGGAACUACUCGAGUCAGAUGACGAGGACUCCUCUGAAACGCUCAUUUUCAAGGAUUCUAUAGGCAGUCUUCAUACACUUUCGACCACUGCCAAGCGGGGCAAAGAUCAGAGUUCUGGUUUGGAGGACACCGAUGGAGGUGCGGGAGAAAUUGAUGGGACCACUGAGAAGAGGGAUCCUCCCGUUCAAGAUCAAACCAAGGAAGGUAACCUCACCCGCCAGGGGCGCGUAGUGUUCAUAGAAGAUAUCGCAUAUCGCACUUGGAAGGCCUUCGUCUUCUACGCAUACUCAGGCCGUCUGUCUUUUGCUUCCUUGAAAUCGCAGGAGCGUGCGCGGCCCGAUAUAAGUAAGCGCAACCAGAAAGAUUUCUUUGAGCCUCCGCCUUGCUCUCCGAAGUCAAUGUAUAGGCUCGCAGAGAAGUAUGGGAUCGACUCCUUGAAGGAAGAAGCCCUCAAGGACAUUCAGUCAAAGCUCUCUCCGCGCAAUAUACUCACCGAACUCUUUUCCUCCUUCACACUCUUACAUCCUGGUGUCCAAGAAAUUGAGAUAGAAUACCUCCGGGAUCAUAUCAGAGACCCGUCGAUCAUAGAACGCUUGCCGACAUGGUUCCAGUACCUCGAGGACGGGGAGUUGCCUCGUGGCGCUGCCUCGGUUCUCGCUUCAGUACUCGUGAAGGUGGUUGCCUCAAGGCCCUGCCCCAACAAAUGUAACUCAACCACGUCCAUGUAUUGCAGCAGCUGUCGCAAACCGUACUAG